GACACCAUCGUGACUAAGUUUUAAAUCAAUCAGCACUGCGACGGCGCGUGGGCGCGCACGAAAGUACGUUUUAGCGACUUAUACUGAAUACGCCAUAUAAAUUUCGUACUUUUGGCACGGGAAAUUUGAUUUAUACCGGAGCGUGACCUUAAGGUGUCCACAGCUCCACACCUGGUUGAAAUCCAGAAUACCUUCGUAAAGCGGACCCUAGACUUUUUCUAAAAGUAAUACUGCACCCAUCCGUCGUGAAAAGAGUCGAAGCGCUACAGCAAUGUCUUUCACGUCAAAAUAUUUUGACAAAGUGUCUGGCAGUGGCAAUGCCGUGAAGCUCGCUCAGUUCUUUUUCGCACGAACAAAGACCUGCAAUACUGGUGAACUAGAUGCGAUAAAGGAGGUGCGCAUCUUCCCGUGAGACGCGUCGCUUGAAUACCUCUUUUGAUUCCUACGAGAUGUAUUGAAUAAGCUGAGUUGAGACACAUGGAGACUGUCACUUAAUUAAAUUAAUGUAUAUUUCACAGUUACGCAAGAAGACUGGUGCCCCGCUUAUGGACAUUAAAAAAGCGCUUACUGCCACAGGUUACAACGUGAAGACUGCGCUCGUCGAGUUGCGAAAAUGUGGGCUGGCAGCGAACAGAAAAAAGGCGGGACGCGAAGCUACUGAGGGACUUGUGGGCGUUAAGAUUUCAGAAUGCAACAGGUUUGCUGCAGCAGUUGAAAUCAAUACUGAGACAGACUUCGUUUCUCGUAGUGACAUCUUUCAAAAUCUUGUCAAAAAAGUUUUAGCUGCGGUAGAAAUGGCAUCAGUACCGAAGAUUACUCGCAAAUCUGCGGGUUCUGUCAUCGAGCUUGUACCUCUUGAAGUUUUGGACAGGGAACUGUCACUGAUGAGGUCACAACUUGCAGAUCAAGGCAAACCUACGAAGCUUUUCGAAAAGAUCCUCGAUGGACGGAUGGCGAAGUUCUACGAGGAGACCUGCUUGGUAAAGCAAAAGUUUGUGCUAAAUGACAAAAAAACAGUUGCUGAAUGGCUUGAGGGAGCAGAUGGUUCACUUGGUUCACUACAUGUUUCAGCAUUUGUACGGAUCAACCCUGACGAGGUUGUCGUGGCAAGACUUCCGGACUUGGACUAAGAAUCGGCAGCACACGCUGAAACGUGCGUGGUCGGAAUCACAUCUGCUUCUAGAGCAUAGCCAGCAGUGCAAUCCGAUAUCCGUAGUAAAUACACUGCCAUAACACGGAAAGAUCGUAUAAACAGUAACCUGACGUACAUUUUAUUCACUCUGAAAGAUCGUAAGAGAAGCACAUGCUAUAUACCGGACCGAGACUUGUCAACUGCCUUCCAGAAUAGGCGAGUUUGAUUUGACUAUUCAGUCUUAGUGUCAUAUUCGGCAAUUCCACUGUCUUCACUCAAAGCUAAAGAAUCUUACAAUACGAUUGUUUUGAGCAGUCAACACUUUGAAACUCAUCACCAGAUUCGAAAUGGAAUUCAGAGCUGAAGAUCAUAUUCAGGAUAUCUCUUCUUGACUUGCGUGGAAAACUCUUCGUUACACGCUCUCAAUUGUUUUGAAUAUCAGAGAUCAGUGACACCGAACAUCGUUUCCAGGCUAUCCACUGUAAGGAUUAGAAUGGCGCCCAAAAUACCAUUCACUAGGUCAAAAGCAUGAUCGAUUCCCAAUCCAAACUCAACCAUGCUUUGUUGCAGUCGUUUUUCCGAACUCGGGGAUGAAAUGAGAAAGCUACCGAAACUGUUUUACGUGGUCUUCGACUUGAGCCAAUAAAUUUCUUUGAACAAGAACAUGGGUGGCAUCGAGCAUCUGGAUUAUGAAGCGCUCUGACGGUAAUCGCUUGUCGUUCACUUUGAACAAGAAUAUCUGGGUGGACACGUCACACUCCAAGAGGAUGCCGUUGACAGCACUGAGUACCAUAGGCUUUCCUCGAACGUUCGCGUAUUCUUUGUGACUUGAAGUUCAAACCGUUGAAGAAGAAUAACCCCCGUUCCGCAACACAACUUCACUUAUUCAAGUUCGGGGCACUUUAUCGUUUGUGACGGAUUAUGAGCUUUCUCUCGUGACUGACUGUUCAUAGCUUCAUACAGUAUGUGAAAUUAUAAAAAGUUUGAAUAAA